UACUUUUGUAUGAAAAAUAAAUGUUUCAAGUGAUUAAGUAGUUUAAAAUUAAAAUAUUUAUAAAUUAUUAAACUGUCAACUUUUCCUUUUUUUAAAAAAUGGCUGCUGAAGAACUACAGAAACAGUUUCAACGAGAAUUGGACGCCUUUAAACAAUGUCAAAAAGAAGUUAAUAUGUUAACUACAAUGCGUCAACAGCUAGACGGACAAUUAAAUGAAAAUUCAAUUGUUAAAGAAGAAUUAAGUUUAUUAAAACCUUCUGGUGAAGUUUACAAAAUGGUUGGGCCCAUAUUACUGCGCCAAGAUCAUACCGAAGCUAAGGAAAACAUUGAAAAACGUAUGAGUUAUAUUAAAAAUGAAUUGAAAAGGAUUGAUGAUCGGAUACAAACAUUAGAGACUCAACAAGAUGAGUAUAGAGACAAGUUGACUAAAUUACAACAACAGUUUCAAGCCCAACAAGAAAAAAAGUAAUUUGAUCAAUAGUAUAAGAACAUUUGAAAAAAAUUAUAUUGAACUAUUUAAUGUAUCAUUAUAG